UUAAAGCACUCCUGUCCCUGUGUUCCUGUUCUGCAGAAAACCAGCCCGGAAGGGAGAGCUUGCCUGGCUGUUACAACAGAAGCUCUAGGAGCCUUCCCACUGGGCAUGCCUUUAGCAGCUCCCGACUCCAAAGCUUCAAAGUCGUCAAUGUCCCUCUUUAAGUCCUCUCGGUAGAUGGAAAGUUUGCAUUUAACAGAGAGCCGUGAUCUAGGACACAUCUGGAAACAUAGUUCUCAAGCCUCUUCAAGUAAAGGAGUGAUUAUACGGAGUGACCAAAAGCAUAGCGGAGGGGUGAAACCAGUCCAGAAUUUCACAACAAUACCCAUUACACAGACUUUCAACGACAAUCUGAGCAAAAGCCAUUGGAGCACCUACAGUCAUCAUAAUCCUGUUAAGUUCUCCAGGGAUGGCAUUCCCUGCAUCCUCUUCUGGACCAAGAGAAUCACAGUGAAAUUUAAGAGUCAGACCUGGCUGGACCUCACAGAUGAAGCACCUGGUCCAAACACAACAGUGGACACCAGCAACUCAAACUGCAGUGAGGAAAGCGCCAUGUUGUCUUUGAAGUUUGGUGAUGCUGAAAAUCCCAAGGAUCUUGACAUCAGGCUCACCCUAACCAAUUACAACAAGCUGUCCAGCCAGAGUUGGUUUAGUUUACACCGAGUCGAGAUCAUCUUCAACAAGUCGGUGCAAGCAACUUUUAAUGCAACUGGUGUCUAUGCCCUGUCAAGUAACUCCUUCCGCUGCCAGCGGGUCAGCAGCGUGCAUGGGCGGAAUGAUGCUCUCCUGUUGCUCAGCAGCACAGAGGACGUGGCAAGCCUGUGGGAGGUCACGUUUAUUGAUUUCCAGAUCCAAGGUUUCUCCAUCAAGGGGGCACACUUUGCCCAGGCCCGAGACUGCAGCUCUUCCUUCUCACCUGCUGUUCUCAUUGGCCUGGUCAUGUCUCUGAUUCUGUUGCUGGUGCUGGCCUACGCCCUGCACAUGCUCAUCUACCUGCGCUACCUGGACCGUCACUACGAGUUCAUCACGUCUCCUGCCCACUUCCCACCUCUGAGGGAGCUAGACACAGGGGAGGAGAAGGAGCUGCUGGGGAGCCAGGGAGCUGAAUGCUAUGAGCUGAGGAGCCAACAGAUCUGCAAAAUCUAUAUUUAGCAGCAGGAGUCUCUAUCUCCUCACCAGGGCUGCACCCAGGUCUGAAGGACGGUGUUCUCUUGUGUGCUGUCUGACUUGUGAAUUGUUUGAUUAAAAAAGAAAACAAGGAAACAUUG